AUGACUAAGGAGGAGGUUGACGACGUUGAGCGCGCGGUCCUUCUGGACGACCCUGAUAAUGAGCGCUCGCCCGAUACACCCCGUCGGCUGACUGGCUUCGACGGUAUCGCAGACUCUGAUGAGCCUCUCGGCUCAAAAGUUGAGCUGGCCGAGUCCGCGCCUAAGGAGCGCAGCUUCAGGGAACUCCUGUUCAUCUUUGCCCCUAUGUGGCUCGGCAUGUGGCUGGCCGCUCUUGACAGUACAAUUGUACUGGCAUCGUAUGCGUCGGUGGGGGACGAGUUGAAGGAGUUGAAAAGCAUGAGCUGGAUAUCGACAGGCUACCUGUUGACCCAAGCCUCAUCACAACCAUUGUAUUCGAAACUCUCGGACAUCUUUGGGAGAAAACCAUGUUUACUCGUCGCAUAUACGCUCUUUGCUCUUGGAUGCCUUGCGUGUGGUAUGUCCAAGAGUAUGUGGCAAUUGGUUGCGGCGAGGAUGCUCGCUGGAAUGGGUGGCGGAGGAAUGACAACGGUAGUCACUAUCACUAUGUCAGACCUGGUCCCAUUGCGAGAAAGAGGGAUGUGGCACGGAGUGGGCAACAUUGUCUGGAUGGCAGGGAGUGUCAUAGGUGCACCCCUUGGCGGAUGGAUGGCGGAUACCGUUGGCUGGAGAUGGUCCUUCUUCUUCCAGAUCCCUUUGGCAAUGCUCGCUUUCGGCACCGUGGGCGCGCUGCUAAACAUCCCAGGGCAGCGCAGGGUUGCAUUGGAAGAUAAGCUGCGCAGGAUCGACUUCGUCGGCUCUUUCUGCCUCAUCUCUACUGUCGCGUCUCUGCUUGUGACGCUGGACCAUGGAGGGGACGUUGGGUGGACCAACAAACAGACGACUAUACCCCUCGGCAUCUUCGUCGUCUUCUUGGGAGCUCUGAUCGUGACCGAACGGAACUUCGCUAAGGAACCGGUCAUUCCGGGCAAGACACUCACCAAUCCUACGUAUCUGGUGAUCUACCUAUCCAACAUGGCCAGCCGCGGGACCAUCAUAUCCACGACAUUCUAUAUCUCGCUGUACAUUCGCGCGGUUAGUGGGAAGACGGCCGCUCAAGCCGGCACUGCUCUUCUCCCUAGCAUCAUCGGUGGCCUCAUGGGGAGUUUAGCCGGAGGGAAAUAUACCCAAGCGACAGGACGGUUCAAGAAGAUCACUGUCAUGCUCAAUGCUGGAAUGGUACUAGGAAGUCUUUUCAUCGCCUCAUUCACAGGCGUUCUCGCCCAUUUCUACAUCGCGAUUGAACUCGGCUUCUUCCUAGUGGCCAUCGCGAAUGGAUGCGCCAUGAAUACUACUCUAGUAUCUCUAGUAGCAGAAGCCGGGCCAGAGGAGCAAGCAGUCGCUAGCGGCGUUCUUUACCUUUUCCGCAGUCUGGGUUCGGUCUGUUUCCUCUCAAUCAGCAGUACCGUGUUCCAGGAUACCCUCCGACGCCUACUUCAGAAGGCCCUUCGCGGUUACGAAUUGCAAGAUGUCGAGAAGAUCGUAGGGAAGGUCCGCGAAGCGCUGUCCAAUAUUGAAGAGUUGGACGUGGACACGCAGGCCGCUGUUCAUGAUGCGUACGGCAAAUCUCUACAAGUAGUCUUCGCUUUCUGCCUUGGAUUGGCAGUGUGCGCCCUCUUAACAUCGGUCUUCCUGAAGGACAGGGUUCUGGCAUCCCACGGAUCGAGAGCACGAGGAUGA